AUACAAGUAGUAGACCCAGACCAAACCACAGGUCUCUUCUUCUUCUCCAAUAACCAAGCUCCUGUCUGCACCGCUUGGGGUUUUGAGAUUUUUUGUUCUUUGCCCCUCUCUGGUGUUUCCUAACCUUAAUCAAAAAAUGAAGCUAGACGAGGAGAUUUGGCCUGAUCGCGAAGAUGCAUUCCAGACGGACGACGAAGAAAACCGGGCCGAGAUGUCAUUUAAUGGCGACGAUGAUGACUCCGAUUCCGAUCACACCCCACCCUCGAGAGUCUCCUCCGAAUUAACCAAUUCCCCAUGGCCUCGGAGUUAUAGGGAAUCAAUGAACAUGUUCAGCUCGCCAACUUUUAGUUCUGUGAGGAUUCCCAGAUUGAGGGAAUCAGGCAAGCUCCCUUGUCAGCUUGAUGUUGAUCCUGAGUCGGCUUUCAGCAAACCCCUCAUAUCUGAAGGAAGUGUAGACUUCAUAGAAGAAAUGCCUACCUCUACAAUCCCCUUAAUUUCAGAUAUAGCUUCGCAGCCAGCAUUGUCUAUCUGUGAAUCACUGGCACCACAGCAGCAGUGUUCAUUUGCCCAAGCCGUACUUAAUGGAAUCAAUGUUCUUUUUGGCUUAGGACUCCUCACAACUCCAUAUGCAAUCAGAGAAGGAGGGUGGUUAAGCUUGAUACUGCUCUUCAUGUUCUUCAUUUCGUGUUGUUAUACUGGAAUUUUACUGAAAAGAUGUAUACAAAGCUCUCCUGGACUCCAAACCUAUCCUGAUAUUGGGCAGGCAGCUUUUGGGAAAAUUGGCCGUGUAAUAAUAUCUAUAACACUGUAUGUAGAACUAUAUGGCGCUUGUGUGGAGUACCUGAUAAUGAUGGGCGAUAACCUGUCCAUGAUGUUCCCAAAUGUCUACAUGUAUGUGGCUGGAAUGUCUUUUGAUGCUCACAAAAUAUUUUCUUUUAUAGCAACUCUUACUAUUCUUCCAACUGUUUGGCUUCGAGACCUCAGUUUGCUCUCCUACCUCUCAGUUGGUGGAGUGGGGGCAUCAAUUUUAGUGGUGCUUUGCUUGUUAUGGGUUGGGGUGGUCGACAGAGUUGGAUUUCAUGCUGGUGGGACGGCUCUUGACCUUGCAAACCUGUCUGUUUCAGUUGGCAUAUAUGGCUUCUGCUACUCUGGCCAUUCAGUUUUUCCAAAUAUAUAUUCGUCCAUGAAAGAACGAACACAAUUUCCUCUAGUUCUCAUAGUCAGCUUUCUGUUUUGUUGGUUUAUGUACACGGCAGUUGCAAUCUGUGGAUAUCUGAUAUUUGGGGAUUCAGUUGAAUCACAAUUCACUUUAAACAUGCCAACACAACUUGUUGCUUCCAAAAUUGCUGUCUGGACAACGAUUGUUUGCCCAAUGACGAAGUAUGCAUUGACCAUCACACCUGUUGCACUGAGUUUGGAGGAACUCUUGCCUUCAUUCAUGUUCAGAUCUCGUAGUGCAUCAAUACUCAUCAGAACAAUUUUAGUAACUUCAACUUUGGUCACUGCAAUGACAGUUCCAUUCUUUGGGAAUUUGAUGGCACUGAUGGGAUCUUUACUUGCAAUGCUAAUUACGCUUAUCUUUCCAUGCGCAUGUUAUCUCAGCAUACACCGGGGUAGAUUAACCAAAUUUGAUAUUGCUACCUGCAUAUUCACCAUGAUUAUAGGGGCAGUGAGUGCUUGUGCUGGCACAUAUUCAGCAAUUAGAAGAAUAGCUGGGCAAAUGUCCUGAUCACAGGAAAGGAAAUGGAUUUUCUUUUGCUCUUCCUCCCUUCUUUUUUCCUUUUUUUUUUUUUUUUUUUUUUUUUUUUGGGUUGUUGUUGUUGAGAUGAUUGACAUAGAUAAUAUCGUCACUAAAUUAUACCCAUACCAACACACACUAACAAUUCAUUGAGAUUCAAGCAUCAGAAAAGAAUCUGUGGCUUGAGACACUUCCAAGCAGAGUACGAAGUAAUGUAGUUUCAGAUUUUUGAAAAGGGAGCAAUUAUACCCAUACCAGGACUUGAAUUCUGAUGCCUGAAUCUUGGAACAUGAGCUUUUAGGGCGUUAUGGGCUGCUUUUAGGACUCUUUGCCAAAAUUGAUCGCAAUCUCAGUCACCUAAUUAACAAACAAAUUAAACUUUCUAAUACUAUAUAUAUGACCUUUAGUUAUGUUCUUCCUUCAUCCAAUCAAGUUCGAGCGAAUUCAGUAAUUAGAAUAUCAAAAAGGAAAGGCAAAAGUGAGAGAUGGGUCAACUUCUUAGGGCUAUUUUCCUUGCAUUGUGUGCUCUGUGGAUGACCCCCGGAUUCGGAGCUGCAAAACAUGCAGGCAUAACCAGGCACUACAAGUUU